AUGCACUCCAGCCGGGCUCCGGCCAUCACCGCCGACACCUGCAUCCCGGCCGGCCUGCGCCUGGGACCCGUCCUCAGCAGCUUCAAGCUGGGGAAAUACCUAUCGGACCGCAGGGAGCCGGGACCAAAGAAGAAGGUGCGAUUUGUUCGAGGAGAACUUGUGGAUGAAUCAGGGGGUCCAGCCUCGGAAUGGAUAGGGUUAAUACGAGCGGCAAGAAAUAGUCAAGAACAGAACUUGGAAGCGUUCUCUGAUUUACCAGGAGGACAGAUCUAUUACCGGACGGUGCGGGAGGUGCUGGCAGGAGAGGAGCUCACAGCCUGGUACUCUAAUGCCUUGGCCCAGUGCUUCGAUAUCGCUACCACCGCUACCCCAACACAUGACGAGAAAGGUGAAGAACGCUAUAUUUGCUGGUAUUGCUGGAGAACCUUCAAGUUUCCCAACACCUUAAAAGCUCACAUCCAUUUCCACUGUGCUCUGAACAAUGGCAGAAGCUUCAUCAGCAAUGAGCACAUGAGGAGCGCAGACAUUUUCAGCCUGUCCCCUAAAGCCCCAGAUGGGGUGUCUAAUCUCCCCCCAACACUAAGGGGGAACCAUCAGCAGACCAACGGGGCAACCAGAGACACUAUUAAAAGGGAGUCCUCCUUGUCUCCAGCUUUAAACAAACUGGGGGUGAUCAAAAAGGCUCUUGGGAAGGAAGAGCAGGACAGAGCCCUGGACAUGAGCGUCAACUCUGCCAGAAGCCAUGGCCAAUUUGUAGGCUUGGUGGGGAAUACUUGUGCUGGGAACGGGAUGCCUUUUUAUCCAGGCUUGAGGUCGGCCUUUAAACCCACUGGACUGUCUAAGUUGCCCCACACCGAUGCUGCCCGGGAGGACCCAAAAUCAAGCAGCCUGGGCUUUAGUAAACUUUUGGGGACUAUCAAGCCAAGUCGCUCAGGAAAUGAAAGCUUAGUGACUAGCCACUCCAAGUGCUUGGUCCCAAGUGAUGGUCCUAACGGUGUCCUGUCCUGUACCACUGGCCUGAGGGGGUUUCCAAUUUUAUCUCACCUGGAGGAAACAUCAGCAUUCAAGCAUGUGGAGAGGGGUCUCCAUAGUAGUUUAUCGUCCAGCAGUCGCUACAACCAGAUCCCACAGACAGGACUGCACUUUACAGAGAGGUUCUCCAUCCCCCAGUUUGAAGGCAUCAAGUCCUACUCAGCGGAAUGUAAUAUCCCAGUUAUGCCUUUCACUGUAUACAAUGGAGAGCUCCUGUACAGCACGCCAUAUUAUCCAUUCAAGUUCCACUUUAGCAACCUUAUCAAGUAUCCGGAGUCUAUGUCUUACUUCAAUACUGGGCCAGCUAUGACCCCAGAACUGGGCUCCAUCACCACCAGCAUAGACCGGGAGAUAGCAAUGCAUAACCAUCAACUCUCUGAAAUAGCAGCAGAAAAGAGCAGGACUGGGAGACUGGACACUUUAACUGGGGCCACAACCUCAGCCACAGGCAAACCCAAGAAAGGCCACUUGUGCCUAUACUGUGGGAAGCUCUACUCUAGGAAAUAUGGCCUAAAGAUCCACAUGAGGACUCAUACAGGCUACAAGCCACUCAAAUGUAAGGUGUGUCUGAGGCCCUUUGGAGACCCCAGUAACCUAAAUAAACACAUCCGACUGCAUGCAGAGGGCAAUACACCAUAUAGAUGUGAGCACUGUGGGAAGGUGCUGGUCAGAAGAAGGGACCUUGAGAGGCAUGUCAAAUCAAGACAUCCAGGCCACAGCCUCAGCACUAAAGAAGAGGUUCAUGGUGACCCUUCUUACCAACAACCAGACCCCAAGAGUGAGGACAAUGACAGUGAUGUGGACGUGUGCUUUACAGAUGAGCAAAGUGACCAGGACACAGGAGGCAGCAAAGAGCACUAAGGACUUUCUAUCAUGAAAUCUAAUAAUUAUAUAUAAAUAUAUGCAGAUGUAUAUAUACCUAUACGGAAUUUAAUAGGGCGUAUCUAUUUAUGUGCUUUUCAACAUAACCUCUUGGAACUUUAAUCCACAUAUGGACUUGUCAAGGAGGAAUUCAGUAAAUGCUGAAGCUGUGUGUAAGACUGUAUUAUAGAGAUUUUGUGAUCAAAGUAAGUUGCACGUUUAAUUAAAAUAGAUGAUACCUGAUUGUUUACAGCUUGUCUGCUCCAUCUCUUCAUAGGGGUACAGCUGGCAGCCCCAGAAUAUUGCUGUCAAAACAAAGUUCAUAUCACCUGAUCAUGACCUUCUUCCCAAUAAUCUACAUCUCACUAAAUUUCGUGCCUUCAUAUUUUUUCUAAAACAGAGCAUUUCAACAACCAGAGUAUAUCCGGCUUUCACUUCCAUUAAAUUGUCAAUUUAACAAAAGUCUUGACAAUGUCUGAUCCUAAUGUGUGGAGGAGACACGAGAUGAAAUGAACCUAUAUCCAAGAAACUGAAUUAUUGUAACAAAAUGCUCUUAGAUAUUAAGAGUUCUGUAGAGUUUUUAAUAAGCAAUGAUGUACAGUGAGUGAAGUUUAUUGGUCUUGGUUCAG